AAAUAAAACCUGACUUUAAGAAAAGAACCAUACUUGAAUACCACUAAACACCCCUCCUGUUAUGAGCAAUCAGUACAUGUAUAGCAACUAUCAGCCGCUGCUGCUGCUGACACUGCUGCAACAAUAUUCACCUCCCAUCUCCAACGGAAUUUUGAUGGAUAACAACACGAGUCCUAACUUGAAUUACGAUUCUUUAGGUUCGUCCAUCUCAUCAAUUUCAUCUUCUUAUUCGUUUCAUAACCCAAGGUUGAGAUACUACUUGUCCAAAUCUUUUGAUGUCGAAGAUGAUAUGGAGUUUUGUCCCGAAAUUAAUGCUGACAGCUUCAAUGUUGGUGGCCACAGUCCUGGAAUUAAGAAGUUUAACCCCUACACUGCAUCGGUAUUUUCGCCCACCACUGGUGUUGCUAGCAGUAACGGCGACCAGAUGUCUCCUGUUAGCAACCAACCCCAGAGUCCUCGGGUGUCAACCCCUAGAAUCAGGAAACCCCUUGAGAUUGUCAACCCUCUGACCAAAAUGAGGGUUAGUUCUCCGGCGGUUUCUAAAUAACAAUAACGAGUUUAAUGAAGUUGUACAUUAUGGGCACACCAAUAUGUGUCCUUGACGAUAGAAAAUGACCCAACGCCCAGCUUAUAUAUAUUAUCGAUAGUAUUAACAAACGGUUUUAGUCCAAUAGUAUUAAGUUUGUUCGCGCAGACAAGGCUCUUUU